CUACAUUUACAUUCUGACAUUUGCAUUGCAGAUGAUGUUGAGGGCGGUGAACUGCCAGAAAAUGAAGUUGGCAACAGUCUAGCUGAACAAUACAUUGGGUCAUCUUACCAUGCAGACACAAAGAAAGAACUUAGUUUGCUCUGGACCAAUCACAAGGACUCUGAGGAUGUGGCCCAAAGAAAAAUUGAAUACCAGUCAUCAUUCUUAAAACAGAUGUCAGUUGUAUCUCGAAGAGCAAUUCUUAAUUUAAUACGUAAUCCUGCUGCUGCAAGAAUGCAGAUGAUAAUGAUGACAUUCUUGGCGUUGAUUGUUGGCGUUAUCUACUUCGAUGUGGAUGAUUCUAUCACAUCUGGAAUCCAGAACAG